AUGCCGCUCGAAACGCACGACACCGUCGUGCUCAGAGAUGAUCCCGAUGUCAUUGGCACCGUGGAACAGACGCAUAUUGAUUCAGCAACAGAGAUCUCUCUGGAGGACCUGCUGGUUCUCAACUAUACCAAUGUGCCGGAGCAUAUAUUCCAAGACUACAACAACACAGGCACUCCCCCGAAAGGCUACGUCUUCGUAGUGUGCUCCAGGGAGGACUCCGGCGCGUUCUUGGCUCUCGAAGAUGACUUGAUCCUUAUCAGUCGGUCCUUCGACGAGGGCGAUGUCAUAAAACGAGCCGGCCAGGCGCACUCCAUGAUAGGAACCAUCAUCGGCAUACAGGAGACAUGUACCCUUGUCCCAGCUCUCCGCGUCUCACGGGACGGCAGGCUCAUAUCUGCUUCCUCGCGGGCGCUGCGAGAAAUGUCACUGGAUAACCAUCCGCCCAAAAGAGCAUGCACUUGCGAUCAUAGGCAGUACGAUCUCAUCCGAAACGUCCCGGCCGAAGAGCUGGUGAGAGCCACAACUCCGAACGAGGACGAGCUAGUCGUGAUGCACAAUGACUGGGUAGGGGAAAUAGACAGCGUCGACUUCGAUGUGGUCUUGCUUCAUCAGGAUAAAAUCACCUCGGUUGGCAUAAUGGAUGGUUUGAGUGAUCUGCACCUGCCAAUAUUGCACCCUGAAAAGCCCCUGGUCCAUUGGCCAGACCUAGAUGGUCUUGAGCAUCCCUCCGUUGUUGAGGUCGUCCAAGGCUAUCUCACGCUGCCUGCCGCCGAGUAUCCUCUCCUUGGUCAAUUCGUCAUUGCGAGCAAAACAAGUCUUCAUAAUGCUCGUUGGGUUCAUGGUCAAUAUGACAAAAACUCACAGGUGGUCGAGGGAACAGUCAUUGACCUUGUACCGAGAGCUGCUGGCGUCAAAUGGAUCGCAGCAAACCCGUUCACGAGGAAAGCCACUUGGGACGUCAAGCUGCCCUCCCGCUCACAGCUUUUGUUUCAAAACGUCAGCAAAUUCAGCAAACCGUCUGACUUGGUUCCAAGAGGAUCUAUCAGAACAUGUGCUACGGCUCUAGGGGGUCCUGUCACUAUGACCAAUACCGUCUUCGACAGCCAUGGAUCACCAUCGGGGACGACAUCAGUCACUAAAAACGUUGCCUAUUAUCGCUUCGAGCGAGGCAGCCAGGUGCGAUUCCGGGACCCUGCUGCAGCCAUGCAAAAGUACCAGGGACGGGAGGACUGCGGCUGUGGGGCUUUUAGACCAAUUGUAUCGGACAAGUACUGCCCUGGAUUUGACGUCAACUUUUUGAACGUGGUCUCACCCAGCCAGAUCGUUCGGGUCCGGUGGCAGAAUGGACAGGAGUCAGUACAUCCUGCAAACGAUCUUUCGAGCUUCGGAGCCUUCGAGGUGCCACUGGUCCCUGGCGGUAUCGUCCUCGACAAAGCCGGGAUCAAGAUGAUGAAAGUACUGAUGGACCGGCACUACUACAGAUAUGACGCUCCACCGCAACUGCAUGAUCUCAAGGACUUCAAUGAAAUGGCAUUCUUCGAAAGUCCUCAUGACCUAAUUGCAUCGCGCGUCGGAGUCAUACAGGCAGUCGAUCCGAAAGAGCGGAUCGCGAAAGUCAGAUGGUUUCAAGAACCCAGGGUCAUCUUGAUUGAGUCUGGAGAAGCGCUGCAUCCGUACUCAAAAUAUGGGCCCAUUAGCGACACCAUUGAGGAGUUGUCCUUGUACGAGAUCAUGACGUUCCCUGCGUUUGAUCGACGGGUGUUGGACGCGGUGUUGCUGCCUCCGAGCGGUAUUGGUCUCGCGCUACUUGAGAAGGUGUUGGAGAAUAAAGGCGGACCUCCGAACCAUUCUUUGCCUUACGCCGUCAACUCUACCUUGGAUUUCGACCGCCUGGUCCAGCGGGCGAUCGCCAUCUGCGGCGAGCAUGGAGGACUAGUCCAGAAUAUAGUGUCCAGUGAUAAAACCAACAUAGACGUCAAUGGAAGCUGGCUCGGACAGAUCGUCGCCGUUGGCUUGGACGGCAAUCUGACAGUCAGACUGAUCGGCAAGAAAUCUUGUCAGGAUGUGCAGAUACCCCUGGACCUCGUCCUGGCCACUAUCAAUAUCGACGAGCUUGGUGCCGUCGACUACGGUGACGACGACUCUGAGUAUGACUCGGUCACGGGAGAACUUCUGGAAAUCGAAAGCCGAAGUCCCUCUCCCAUCUCAGAGCACAUCGAGUACGAAGGCGGGCAGCGAUUAGACGAGGACGAAGACGACGAUGCGUGGGUGUCGGCGGAAGAAGACUUGGCCAGCUUGGACGAUAUGGAUUUGUUCGCCGAUUCAUCAUCAACAGAAAAUUCACUAGCUCCAGCGUUCAGAUCCGCUAUCAAUCGAAUUGGAAGAGCCAUCAACGAGUCCGACGAGACUCGCGAUAGUGACGAGGACAUUGAAAUGACCGACGCGAGCACACAAACAGCUGCCGCACAAGAUUCGUCCACUACAUCCAAUCUCCUCGCGCUCACCGUGCCGACUGAACCACCACCACAAUUCGAAGUCCUCAGCACCGCUCCACCACGAGACCAAUUCCGCGUCAACGAAGCCCCGAGCUCCUCUCCUGCCUUUCUAAAACGCAUCGCAAAAGAGCACAAAGCCCUCUCUACCUCGCUGCCGACCAACCAGAUCUACGUCCGCACUUACGAAUCCCGCCUGGACUUGUUCCGCUGCCUCGUCAUCGGCCCACCUGACACCCCGUAUGAAGAUGCCCCGUUCCUCAUCGAUCUACACUUGGGUCACAACUUCCCCACAGAGCCGCCCACUGCGCACUUCCACUCCUGGACUGGCGGUUUAGGACGCAUCAACCCUAACCUCUACGAAGAAGGCAAGAUCUGUCUGUCUCUGCUUGGCACAUGGCCUGGGAAGGAGAAGCAGGAAGGCUGGACCAAGGAGUCGUCUAUCUUGCAGAUCCUCGUCAGCAUACAGGGUUUGGUCAUGGUCCGCAAUCCGUUCUUCAACGAGGCUGGAUUUGAAGGCUAUGAAGCCGAAGGGCAAUACAAGACCGAAGCGGCACAGUACGCGGAGAAGGCGUUCGUGAUGAGUCGUGGGUUCGUGAGGCACGCUUUGCUCACGCGGGUGCCAGUGGGAAUGGAGGCGGUAUUGGCGUGGCUGUACAUUCCAAGUCAUCCUCGCAAUCCUGCAGAAAAUGGAGGAGGAACAAAUGCUACUCCAGAGCCCGCCCGGGCAGGCUUGCUACUCAGAAUCAUCCGGCGUGGCCAGUCGUUGAUCUAUGCGUCCCAAGCAGCGGCUGCGGCCGUGGCGCAGGUAGAUGAAGGGAUGGUCGACAGCGACAUCCGAGAACAUCUCAUGGACACGGCAGGUACUAAUACGGGCGAUGCAACGAAAGCAUUCCUGCGACCGCUCAGUCGAGGUGCAAUCGUUAUGUUGCGUCGCUGGCUGGGCGAGCUGGUGGAGGCAGCUAAGUAG